AUGGAAGGCGGAGCCGCAGCAGCGAGUCGAGAUGCCAGGUCGUGCCUCAUGAGCUCGUCGAACAGUCUCCGAGCCUUGCAGGACGCCACCCUGGAGGAGCUAGCAAGCGCGCUGACCACACAGCUGAAUAAGGACCGCGAGGCCGCGCGACAGCAGAUGCAGACGCUGCUGGCCGCGGAGAAGCUCGUGGAGGAGAAGCGCCAACAGCUGAUGGAGGUCGAGCGGAGGAUCUUCGCCGUUGUGGACAGCAUCGACGACGUCAUCGAGUUGAACGUGGGAGGCCAGUACAUGAGCACCACGAGGGCGGUCCUCUGCAGCGCCACUGGCUCCCUAUUGGCUGGAAUGUUCUCCGGCAACUUCGAUGAGGGCCACAAACGCGACAAGGAUGGCCGCAUCUUCUUGGAUGUGGACCCGACCUUGUUCGAGAAGGUCUUGCGCCACUUGCGCCUGCGGCGCAUCGCCAGCCCUGAGCAGCCGGCUCCCCUGCCUCACGUGCCGGAGGAGCUGCGGCCGGAGUGGGACAUGAUGAUCAAGUACUUCGGGCUUGACACCUUCAUGUACGGGGAUCUGGGCACCAGCUGCAAUAUCUUCCAGAGGAUUGCAGAGCUGGCCUGUGUGGAACAGGAGAAGUUGCAGGAGAGCGACCUCGUCCGCAUCACCCUCAGCUCAACGGGUGGUGUCCCUUCUGCAAGCCACCAGGAGGUCCUGGGCGCCAUGGGCUUUUCGGAGCGCUCGUUGGAGAACAGCUAUGGGGCGCACCCGAACAGCAUCGCGAUCAGGUUCCUGAAGCACCGCGUCAGAGUCGAGGGCAUGGAGCUUCGCGCCAAGGUAGCGGAUGUGCUGGCCCACAUGUCCAACAAGUGGACCUUCCGCCAUGGCGGCGAGCACCUGAACAUGUCGUACUCCUUCUCACGCCUCGAGCCCUGGACGGGCCGCCUGGACACGCCGGGCUUUGGCCCUGCGUAUGUGGACGAGGUUGCCUGGAUCUUCCCCCGCGACUUCUGUCUGGAACACAUCGUGCUCUACGGCCAUGUGACGCCCAAGACAUGA